AGCUGACUGUAAUCUAGAGAACAGUACACGUGUAGUCUCUCCUGUGUCUUUAGAGGUUCGUGUCCUGAAUAAACGCGCUCAUGUUGGAUAACUGAGAGUCGUGAGAGCUAAUGUAGCCGGCUAGCUACCGUUAGCAGGUGCUAGCUAACGUUAGCUAGUGGUGAAUCGAAAGCUAAGGGAACACUUGAUAUGAAAUGUAGCUAAACUCUGCCAUGCCAUCUAUACCAGAGAUGAAAAAACAAGACACUGAAGAGUCUGCCACCCAGGGCAGCGAGGAUGCUCCACCUACAGCAGGAGAGAUGGAGUCACCUGCAGCUGCAAAAGACAGCUUGGACAGCAACAGCCCCAAAGAGUCUGAACCACAGACGCCUCAGACAGACACACCGCCUCAGACAGACACACCGCUUCAGACAGAUACACCGCCGCAGACAAACACACCGCCACAAAGCGACGAGGCGGGAAGUGAAGUUGCAGAGGCCGCACUUUCUCAAUGUGACAUGGCUGAGGAGCUGAGCCGGCAGCUGGAGGACAUCCUCAGCACCUACUGUCGGGAAACCAUUUCAGACGACGCCAGCUCUGUGCCCAACGGCCAGUCACACAGCCCAGAGCUCAAUGGCCUGGUCAAUGUGAGGGGGGACGGCAAGCCAGAGGGCAAAGUCAAUGGAGCUGGCAACGGAGUGGAGAAGGAGCAGAAGAAGACUCAGGAGAAGAAGAAAGUGAAGGGUCUGGGCAAAGAGAUCACUCUUCUCAUGCAGACUCUGAACACUCUGAGCACCCCAGAGGAAAAGCUUGCAGGCCUCUGUAAGAAGUAUGCUGAGCUGCUGGAGGAGCACCGUAACACCCAGAAGCAGAUGCGAGUGCUGCAGAAGAAGCAGAACUCGCUGGUCCAGGAGAAAGACAACCUGAGGAACGAACACAGCAAGGCCAUCCUGGCUCGCAGCAAGCUGGAGAGUCUCUGCAGGGAGCUGCAGAGACAUAACCGCUCACUCAAGGAAGAAGGGAUGCAAAGAACGCGUCUGGAGGAGGAGAAAAGGAAGGAAGUGACCUCCCAUUUCCAGGUGACACUGAACGACAUCCAGGCUCAGAUGGAGCAGCACAACGAGAGGAACGCCAGCCUUCGACAGGAGAACACAGAGCUGGCUGAGAAACUGAAGAAGCUCUAUGAGCAGUACAAACUACGCGAAGAGCACAUAGACAAAGUGGUGAAGCACAAAGACUUGCAGCAACAGCUGGUGGACGCCAAGCUGCAACAGGCUCAGGAGCUGCUGAAGGAGUCGGAGGAGCGCCACGACAGAGAGAAACACUUUCUGCUGAAAGAAGCAGUGGAGUCUCAAAGGAUGUGUGAGCUGAUGAAGCAGCAGGAGGUUCACCUCAAACAGCAGCUGUCACUGUACACAGAGAAGUUUGAAGAGUUUCAGACAACUUUGUCCAAGAGCAACGAGGUCUUCACCACAUUCAAGCAGGAGAUGGAGAAGAUGACUAAAAAGAUCAAAAAGCUGGAGAAGGAGACGGCCAUGUAUCGGAACAGGUGGGAGAGCAGCAACAAGGCUCUUCUGGAGAUGGCAGAAGAGAAAUCUUCGCGGGACCGUGAGUUUGAGGCACUUCAGGGUAAAGUCCAGCGGCUGGAGAAGCUGCGGCGGGCACUCAAAGUCGAACGUAACGAGCUCAACAAGAAGGUUCAGAACCUCAGCGGUCAGGAAGGUGGCACGGCCGGAGCCCCCACCUCCGACCCAGGGACCGACUCCCCCUCUCCUCCACCCACGGACUCUUUACCGGAGCCCAGCAGCCACCCUGUCCCAGACACCACCACCCCCUGCUCCCAGUCCUGCCACUGUGAGCCACAACUGGACACAGGCGCCCUACUAGACGAGGCAAAGGCUCUGCCUGUCGCUGCACAGGAAUGAAACGACGCCGCUCACAGUCUCCUCUUUCCUCCUCCAGCAUCAAGCCACCAAUAUAACAACAAGCCACCAGCCUGCAAGCCACUACUCCUCUGCUGGAUGAAACUGAUGUUAAACACUGGUCCAAGGUUCACUUGUGUCCUCCCAGCAUGCCCUGCAGGUUUUAUGAAGGUGACGGGCCUCAUCUGUCAGUACAUUUACAUGCACACCAUAACUCAGUUACUGUGAAUAACCUCAUUAAGUUAAUAGUUUGAUUAAAGCAUUUACAUAACCUAAUUUCCCUGAAUAAUCAAAUGUUCAUGAUUCAUUUAUUAGUCUGGUUAAUUUCCAUCCAACAUGUUUUAGCACCACAGAGUGCUGUUUGUCUUUCAAGUUGAUUAAAUUCAUUUAUUAGUUUGGUGACAGUCCAAAAACAUGUAACACAUGCUGCUGUUUGUGUAUAGAAACAUGGCUUUCAGUCCACAACCUGCACUGAAUCAAAACAUUGAAAGAAAUCAGACUUGAGGGAUAUAUAUAUAUCACAGCAAUUAAAAAGAGAAGUGACAAAGAAGUUAUCUAUCUCUGUUACGCCCGCUUCAACCUAAACC